CAGGCAUCUGAUGGGAGUUGGUUAAACUAAAAGAUGGGGUCCGUCGUCGGCACGGCGGCGAACGGCAUCGGCACGUUCCUCGGCAACGCCUUCACCGCGCCCUUCAGGAGUCUCUUCGGCGCGUCCUGCGAGGGCGUUUGUUCAGGGACGUGGGACGUGGCCUGCUUCCUGGAGCACCUGUGCGUGUCCAGUCUAGCCAGGCUCUUCAUGGUGCUGGUCCUCUCAUACAUCAUGCUGUUGCUGGCGUACCUGAUGUGCAAAGUGGGCAUCAUCCAGUGCGUGGUGAAGAAGGGCUGCAAGAUGUCGGCGGCGGCGUGCUCUGCCUGCUGCCGCGUGCUGGGGGCCUCGUCCUGCUUCCUCUGGCGCAAGCUGCGGGACACCAAGCGCGUGCACCGCGGACGACGCGCCGGAUCGAGCUCCGAAGAAGAGGGCUCCGAGGACUCCUACGACGAUGCUGAUGAUGGGAGGAGCGUGAGAAGGCGGAGCAGGGCGAGAGAGGGGUCGUCGUCGGUGAGGGAGAGGAAGAAGGACAGGCUGCGGCGGUUGUCCUGUUGA